CUCCCGGUUGGCCGUCCUGAAAAUUGCUUCUAACAAAAUGCCGAAUUUUGGAAAAAUUAAACUUCGAAUUCUACUCUUGACAGUUUUACUAUAUGUCAGUGUUGGAAAUGCACAAAUUGCUGAAAUAUUAGCGGAAACUUUAAUUUUUGGCCUGGAUGCUCAAGAUUUUAUUUCGAAGGAACUUCUUCCUGCUGAUUUACCAGCUCAAAAUUCAAGUUAUGACUUCAUUAUUGUGGGAGCAGGACCAGCAGGUUGCGUUUUGGCAAAUCGACUCUCUGAAAAUCCUAAUUGGACCGUCUACUUGUUAGAAGCCGGAGGAAUGGAGAAUGCCGCUCAUGAUAUCCCAGCUGCUGUAUCACUUCUGCCGAGAACAAAUUCGAAUUGGGGGUACUACUCAGUUCCGCAAAAGAAUGCCUGUAAGGGUAUGUACGACGAUGUGUGUGCCCUUCCAAGGGGUAAAGUUCUAGGCGGUACCAGUACCAUAAACUUCAUGAUCUAUAUUCGUGGCAAUAGGAUAGAUUAUGAUCGCUGGGCUGAAGCAGGAAACUACGGAUGGUCUUACGAUGAUGUCUUACCCUAUUUUAAACGAUCAGAAGCUGCAAAUUUGAUAGGCCUUGAAAAUUCCCCAUAUCAUAAUACAACUGGUCCUCUAAGUGUUGAAGAUGUUUCGUACAGAACUAAAAUAGCUGAAGCAUUUGUUGAGGGAUCACAACAGGCUGGUCACAAACUGAAUGACUACAACGGUGAAUCACAGUUGGGAACAUCGUAUGUUCAAGCCACCACCAAAAGAGGUCACAGGCAUACGGCUUCAAAAGCCUAUUUAUACCCAAUUAAAAACAAACGAAGGAAUCUACAUAUAUUGACCUUUGCAACCGUUACUAGGGUUCUAAUUGAUCCUAAAACGAAUUCAACUUAUGGAGUUGAAUUUGUUUACAAAGGCAAAACGUACACCAUUCGAGCUAAGAAGGAAGUUAUUUUAUCUGCAGGUGCCUUCAACUCUCCACAGUUGCUGAUGCUUUCCGGAAUCGGUCCCAGGGAUGUGCUAACAUCGGUUGGAAUACCGAUAAUCAAAGAACUUCCGGUUGGAAAAAUUAUGUACGAUCACAUGAGUUUUGCUGGUCCAGUUGUAUUAGUAAAUACGACAGGACAAACACUCUUCGCUGACCGUUUGGGACCAAUUGAUUUUCUCAGGUUCGAAACAGGUGAUCCCUCGACAAGAUUCUCGACCAUAGGUGGCGUAGAGGCAUUGACUAUUAUCAAAACACCAAAUUCAAAUCAACCAGCCAAGAUGCCCGAUGUUGAGAUAAUUAUGGUUUCUGCAAGCUUUGCUAGUGACUACAAUACAGGAUUGAGUCCAAGCGCUAAUUUCCGAGAUAUAUAUUACAAUGAGAUGUUCAAGCAACUUAGGGGAAGAGAUCAUUUUUCGGGUCUAAUUUUCCACUAUCAUCCGGAAUCAUUUGGGUUCCUUACCUUGAAAAAUAGAGAUCCAUUAACUCCUCCAAUUAUCGAUCCCAACUAUUACUUCAAGGAACAAGAUAUUGAGUUUGUUCUUGAGGGUGUGAAGGAAUUCAUUCGAAUUAUAAAUACACCUGCUAUGCAAAGGAUCGGUGCAAGAUUGUUUGAUGUUCCAACCAUUGGAUGUGAACAGCACGAAUUUGGCAGUGAUGAUUAUUGGAGAUGUUGUAUCAGGAUUUUUUCGUAUACUUUGCAUCACCAAGUGGCCACUUGUAAAAUGGGACCUUCUAGUGAUCCAACAACAGUUGUCGAUCCACAAUUGAAGGUACACGGCAUACGAAAAUUGAGAGUCGCUGACACUUCACCUAUACCAACGCUACCAUCAGCUCAUGUAAAUGCUCCAUCGUUCAUGAUUGGAGAAAAGGCUGCUGAUAUGAUAAUAGCAGAGUGGCAAAAGUAAUAACAACAAAAAAUACAAACAAAAAAAUGUUAAUAAUUUUAAAUAUAGUAAUUUAUUUAUGAUACACAUA